AUGAACGAUCCAAUGAAUCCCACUCGUCGACCUAUUUCGGCCGACACAAUUAUUAUGAAUCCUGUCAGUAAGGUGAUGGCACUGAAAGCUGGGAAACUGCUACAGAUUUUCAACAUUGAACUAAAAAGCAAAAUGAAGACAUAUACAAUGCCUGAGGAUGUCGUGUUCUGCAAAUGGAUUUCUGUUAAUACCAUCGCACUAGUAACUGCCACUAGUGUAUAUCACUGGGCCAUGGAUGGUGAUUCGAAUCCUGUCAGGAUGUUCGAUCGCCAUCAGUCUCUUGGGACUAACUGCCAAAUUAUAAGUUAUCGCUGUGAUUUGAGUCAGAAGUGGUUGUUACUGAUUGGCAUAGCCGCCCAAGACAACCGGGUUGCUGGAUACAUGCAGUUGUAUAGUGUUGAACGAAAAGUUAGCCAGCCGAUUGAAGGACAUGCUGCUGCUUUCGCUCGAUAUAAGGCUGAAGGCAACAGCAACCCUUCCACAUUGUUUUGCUUUGCAUCACGCAAUGUUCAAGCUUGCAAAUUACACAUCAUUGAAGUUGGUCAACCACCUGCUGGAAAUCAGCCAUUUGCUAAGAAAGCUAUCGACGUGUACUUUCCACCAGAAGCACAAAAUGACUUCCCUGUCGCUAUGCAGACUUCUCCGAAGUACGACAUCAUAUUUCUAAUAACGAAGAGUGGAUAUUUACACCUUUAUGAUAUCGAGAGUGGCACGUGUAUAUAUAUGAAUCGUAUAAGUAGUGAGACUAUUUUCGUUACUGCACCUUAUGAACCAACAGCUGGUAUUAUUGGAGUUAACAGAAAGGGUCAGGUACUGUCUGUCAGCAUUGAUGAAGAUACUAUCAUUAGCUACAUAACCACUACAUUAGACAAUCCUACACUUGCACUGCAAAUGGCUUCUAGAUGCAAUCUCCCUGGAGCGGAGGACUUAUUUUUCAGAAAGUUCGACUCUUUAUUCCAGGCGGCUCAGUACAGUGAAGCUGCAAAAUUAGCAGCGAACGCUCCAAAAGGAAUAUUGCGUACACCGCAAACAAUCCAACGUUUUCAACAGGUUGCAACUGCUCCUGGGCAGACAUCGGCACUGUUGCAAUAUUUUGGAAUUUUACUCGAUCAAGGUCAACUAAACAAGUUUGAGAGUUUAGAGCUUUGCAGGCCAGUACUACAACAAGGUAGAAAACAGUUACUGGAGAAGUGGUUAAAGGAAGAUAAAUUGGAGUGUUCGGAAGAGUUGGGUGAUCUUGUGAAACAGGCGGAUCCUACUUUGGCGUUGUCUGUCUAUCUGAGAGCUAAUGUACCGCCAAAGGUCGUACAAUGUUUCGCGGAAACUGGCCAGUUUCAAAAAAUUAUAGUUUACGCCAAAAAAGUUGGUUAUACACCGGACUAUAUCUUUUUGUUGCGCAAUCUUACUCGUAUCAACCCUGAUCAGGGUUUACAGUUUGCUCAGAUGUUAGUCCAAGAUCAAGAGCCUUUAGUGGAUUUAGAACAAGUUGUGAAUGUUUUCAUGGAUCAAGGUUUAGUACAGCAGUGCACGUCAUUUUUAUUAGACGCAUUAAAACAUAAUCGACCCUCGGAAGGACAUCUUCAAACUCGUUUAUUAGAGAUGAAUCUUAUGUCAGCUCCUCAGGUGGCAGAUGCGAUUUUGGGUAAUCAAAUGUUUUCUCAUUAUGAUAGAGCAGCCAUUGCUCAAUUGUGUGAGAAAGCUGGAUUAUUACAGCGUGCUUUGGAACACUAUACUGAUCUUUACGACAUCAAGAGAGCUGUUGUCAGUACGCAUUUAUUAAAUCCUGAAUGGCUUGUCAACUACUUUGGUUCACUUUCUGUCGAUGAUUCAUUGGAAUGUCUAAGAGCUAUGCUACAAACAAAUAUCAGACAAAAUCUUCAGGUGUGUGUUCAGAUUGCUACUAAAUACCAUGAACAAUUGGGAACGAACGCUUUGAUUGAAAUAUUUGAGUCGUUUAAAUCAUUUGAAGGCUUGUUUUACUUUUUGGGAUCAAUUGUUAAUUACAGUCAGGAACCUGAAGUUCAUUUCAAGUAUAUUCAAGCUGCAUGUAAGACUGGACAAGUUAAAGAAGUUGAACGCAUAUGUCGUGAAAGCAAUUGCUAUGAACCAGAACGGGUUAAAAAUUUCUUAAAGGAAGCAAAACUUACGGAUCAACUGCCGCUUAUUAUUGUCUGUGAUCGGUUCGACUUUGUGCACGAUCUCGUGCUUUACUUAUUCCGUAACAAUUUACAGAAGUAUAUUGAGAUUUAUGUGCAGAAGGUUAACCCAGCACGCUUACCCGUGGUGGUUGGUGGUCUUUUAGACGUUGACUGUUCCGAAGAUGUAAUCAAACAAUUGAUGGCAGUUGUUCGUGGUCAGUUCAACACUGAUGAACUUGUUGCUGAAGUAGAAAAGCGUAAUCGACUGAAACUACUACUUCCAUGGCUGGAAUCACGUGUGCAUGAAGGAUCUGUUGAACCUGCCACGCAUAAUGCUCUUGCGAAAAUUUAUAUUGAUUUAAAUAACAAUCCUGAACGUUUCUUGAGAGAAAACCAAUACUAUGAUAGUGCUGUUGUUGGCAGAUAUUGUGAAAAACGCGAUCCACAUUUGGCAUGCAUAGCAUAUGAACGAGGACAUUGCGAUCAAGAUCUAAUUCGAGUCUGUAAUGAGAAUGCAUUGUUCAAAACUGAAGCUCGUUACUUAGUUCGACGAAAAGAGCCUGAAUUGUGGGCAGAAGCUUUAAGUGAAUCUAAUACUUAUCGUCGGCAGCUAAUCGACCAGGUUGUUCAAACAGCACUUUCUGAAACUCAAGAUCCUGAGGAGAUAUCCAUUUCCGUGAAGGCGUUCAUGGCCGCUGAUAUGCCAAAUGAGCUCAUUGAACUUCUUGAAAAGAUUGUUUUGGACAAUUCUAUAUUUUCAGAUCAUCGAAACCUUCAAAAUCUCUUGAUUCUGACAGCGAUUAAAGCCGAUAAAAGUCGUGUUAUGGAGUAUAUCAACCGUCUGGAUAAUUAUGAUGCCCCUGAUGUAGCUAAUAUCGCUAUAAAUAACUCGCUUUUUGAAGAAGCUUUUGCUAUUUUCAAGAAAUUCGAAGUGAACACAUCAGCUAUACAGGUUUUAAUUGAUCAUGUCAAGAAUCUUGAUAGAGCUUACGAAUUCGCUGAACGCUGUAAUGAAUCAGCUGUCUGGAGUCUUCUGGCUCAUGCACAGUUGGCUCAAGGCUCCAUUAAGGAAGCCAUUGAUUCUUAUGUUAAGGCAUCCGAUCCCAGUCGAUUCCAAGCAGUUUCUGAAGCUGCUUCCAAUUCUGGAAAUUGGGAAGAUUUAGUUCGUUAUCUCCAAAUGGCACGAAAGAAGACUCGCGAAACAUUCAUUGAAUCAGAACUUGCUUUUGCCUAUGCAAGAACAAAUCGUUUGUCAGAUCUUGAAGAGUUCAUUUCAGGUCCAAAUCAUGCUAACAUAACUGCUGUGGCUGAUCGUUGCUUUGAUCAUCAAUUAUAUGAGGCAGCAAAAAUACUCUACUCGAAUGUCAGCAACUACUCUCGCCUAGCAAUAACUUUGGUUCACUUAGGUGAAUACCAGGGGUCUGUGGAUGCUGCUCGUAAAGCCAAUUCCACGCGUACUUGGAAAGAAGUGUGUUUUGCUUGUGUAAAUCAUAAAGAAUUCCGGUUGGCUCAAAUGUGUGGUCUACACAUCGUUGUGCAUGCAGAUGAAUUAGGCGAUCUUAUUAAUUACUAUGAACAACGUGGUCAUUUUGAUGAGCUUAUUCAACUUUUGGAAGCUGGUUUAGGUUUGGAACGUGCACAUAUGGGAAUGUUUACUGAGUUGGCAAUAUUGUAUUCCAAAUUCAAGCCUGAAAAGAUGCGUGAACACUUGGAGCUUUUCUGGUCCCGAGUUAAUAUUCCAAAGGUCCUUCGUGCUGCUGAACAAGCUCAUCUGUGGUCAGAGUUAGUAUUUCUCUAUGAUAAAUAUGAAGAAUAUGAUAAUGCUAUUCUUACUAUGAUGAGUCAUCCUACUGAAGGAUGGCGAGAAAAUCACUUUAAAGACUUGAUAACACGAGUGGCUAAUUUGGAAUUAUACUACAAAGCUAUUCAAUUUUAUUUAACCUAUAAACCAUUGCUUCUCAAUGAUUUACUCAUGGUUUUAUCUCCUCGUUUGGAUCAUACACGUGCAGUGAAUUUCUUCAUUAAAGCAGGGCAUAUUGCACUAGUCAAGCCUUAUUUACGCUUUGUUCAACAAAAUAAUGCAAACAAUAAAUCUGUGAAUGAGGCAUUAAACGAUUUAUUGAUUGAAGAAGAAGACUAUCAGGCUUUAAGACAGUCUAUUGAGACACAUAGUAACUUUGAUCAUAUUGCUUUGGCGCAACAAUUGGAACGUCAUGAACUUAUUGAAUUCCGUCGUCUUGCUGCUCUACUUUUCAAAGGUAGCAAUCGAUGGAUGCAAAGCAUUGAACUGUGCAAACGUGACCAACUGUAUGCUGAUGCUAUGCAAUAUGCCUGUGAUUCCCGAGAUCCUGAAACAGCUGAAGAAUUACUACGCUGGUUCCUAUCCGAAAACCUUCCUGAUUGUUUUGCCGCUUGUCUUUAUCGUUGUUACGAUCUCCUACGUCCAGAUGUUGUCUUAGAGCUUGCUUGGCGCAAUGGACUUGUCGAUAUGGCAAUGCCUUUCCUGAUUCAAACACUGAGAGAAUUAACAACUAAGGUGGAUCGUUUAGAACGCUCUGAACAAACGCGUGCUGCUGAAGAAGAAAAAGCAGAACAAGCAGUUAAUCCAUUGGUGAUGCGAAAUGAACCUCAAUUAAUGCUACCCGGACCAGGAGCAGCUAUUCCAACAGCCUUGAUCCCACCAGCUGGUGCACCACCGUUGGGCUUAUUUGGCGUUCCUGGAACACAAAUCUGUUGUGAUAUACUACAUGUUAUCAGACUCUUCCAAAUUUGUUUGGCUGUAGAAGGCGCCUCUUCCUCUUCCUCGAGUAUAAGAGUUGUGUGUUUUAUUUGCAGAGAUAUAGCCUUCUUCAUGAAUGAUUAA